AACUUUUGAGAUUGAGUUAAGUUCUCCUCCUACAGCUUACCCCCUAAUACGUCGAAAGCCAUAGCGACGCGAAUACUUCAUCAAUCAACGUGAUUCAAAUUGGGAACGGUAGCUGAGAUUAAGAGCUAAAUCAUAUCCGAGUUUCGCGACAUUCCAACGGCUAGUUUUUUGUCGACGUCGUUUCUUGUGAAGACGACUUUUCUGUCCAGAAUUUCGGUUUUAUAUUUUGAGUAAUUCUAACUCCUAAGUUCACCUAGACUCCGUCCUUAAUCCUAACAACAUGAUCUAGGAAUCAAGUCUAUUUCAGAAUCUAGCCUCGAGGAUGUGCGACCUUCAAUGCCCACGGCUGGUCGUCCACGCAUAGUUACUGAUAGAAUUCGUCGUGGGAUCGUUAGGGCGAUUACUAGCGGCGAGGCGAAAACCUCGAAGCACGCGGCCCAGAUCGUCGAAUCACAGCACGGCAUUACGGUACAUCCUAGGACGGUGCGUAACGCGCUCAAAUCUAGCAGCCUUGUCGCAAUCCAACAGCCUAAGAAGCCGCGCCUCUUUAAGAAAAACAUCUGCGAUAGGCUUGAUUUUGCACGGGCCCAUGCUGAUUAGACCAUCGAGGAUUGGAAACGUGUGAUCUGGUCGAAUGAGACCAAGAUCAAUAGGUUCUGCUCUGACGGCCGCGCGCACGCCUGGGUUCGUGAAGGUAUGGCCCUCCAACACCACCAGAUCAAGCAGACCGUGAAACAUGGGGGCGGGUGCUUGAUGAUUUGGGGCUGCAUGACGUAUGAGGGGGCGAGUUUCAUGUGCAAAAUCGAUGGUAGGAUGGACGGGCCGCUGUAUCUGAACAUUUUGCAGGACGAGCUGAAGAAUACCAUCGACUUUUACGAGCUUUCCCCCUCGGAUGUGAUCUUCCAGCAUGAUAACGAACCCAAGCACAAGUCCCGUCUGGUGCAGCAGUGGCUUCAAGAGUAGGAGUUUGGGGUGCUGGAGUGGCCAUAUUCAAGUCCCGAUCUCAACCCCAUUGAGCAUCUUUGGGCUCAUCUCAAGAAGGAGCUGGGUAAGCACGAUAUGCCUCCCACUGGUAUGGUGGACCUGUGGGAGCGUGUACAGGAGGAAUGGGAGAAGAUCCCAUCAGAUAUGUGCACCAACUUGAUCGACAGCAUGCCCAGAAGGAUGAAGGCGGUGAUUAAGGCGAAAGGGCGGUGGACCAGGUACUAGUUUUACAGUAGUUAAAGUUGCUGCCUGCGCCUGGCACUAAUUGUCCGGAUGUACCG